UGUAAAAAAAUAAAAACGAUUUUGAAUUAGAGUUUGCGUAUUAAAUUAAAAUUAAGAAAAUUAGCAUUAUAUUUAGUAUAUCUUAACAAUCAAACAAUCACACGAUCAACAUUUGCGUUUCUUGACCUUGUGUCCUUCUAAUCAGCAAUCGUCAUGACGGAGGUCGCUAGGUCAAGGCCAAACACGCAACACCCGCAUACCAAAUCGCCGCUGAGGCUUGAUGGAACAAAGCAGAAACUGGAAAACGCCGACGACCCAUUAAAUGGAGGAAAAAAUAAAUCAGAUACUGCAGUCUGCAAUCAUCUCCCUCUGUUCUCAGCAUUACUCAGAAAAAUUGGAGGUUGAUGGAAUCAUCUGUAUAUCAUCACAACAGACAAACCUGCGUCAUGUCGUAAAAAUUCACCAUACUGUUGAUCCCAACAACCUACACCAUGGACAGGGGGUCUCCGGAAAUUCCUCCCCAGCACCUGCCUCAACCACACCCACACAGUGGACGGAACAGCAGAGGAGAGGGAUGAUUCAGGGAGAGAAGACGAAAACCAGAAAGCGAUCAAGAAACACAGAGGAUAGUGACCCUGAUUUCAACUGUAGUAUAUCAAACAGUGCAGACCAUUUCCCAACAAUUGUUAAGCAGCUUCACAAAAGGAAAUCUAGAGCACAGAAGAUUAGUACUUAUACAGAAUAUGAUUCAGAAGGUUCUAAUAGUCCAGAAUAUGGAUCUGAUGCUCAGGACGGUCGGUAUGGGGUCAGCGAUGGCGGUUUGGGUGAAGAGCCAUUGGGAUCUGCCUCAGUGUUACUCAAACUUUUAGCAAAGCCCCACAAAAGGUCCAUGCUGGCAAAUCAGCCAACCCCAGUAAAUCCAAGUGUAGAAAUGGUUAAUCUUGAGGGGGCAGUCAAAUCUGGACUGGAGUAUCAGAUCAAAUUGAAUGAUGGUUCUGUAACCAGAAAGGAACAUGUCACUCAAGUAGAGGAGAAGACAACACAAUCUCAGCCUCCAGUUGUAAAGGACGAGCCUGUAUGGGAUGGAGAGUAUGGAGGGAUGAACCACCAGAAGCAAAAUGGUGAUGUUGCUGAUUACAAGAGCGAAAACAGUAAUGUAGGUCCCAAUUCAGACUCUGCUUUAGAAAGAAAUUCUAUUUUAAUGAAAAUUUUAGAGGGAAAGAGUUUAAGAGAAGCUUACAAGACAGAGCAUGGGUCUUCACCAGGACCUGAUACCCAAAUCUUUGAGGAAAAAUCAAAAUCAUCUGAACAGGAAAACUCUUUGUUAUAUCGACUGCCUUUUGUGUCAUUCCAAGAUCUUUUCCCACAGAACUCGCAAGACAUUUUACCAAGCGAAAACAACACUUCAAGAAAAAGAAAUAUUGGAUCUAAAAAGCCGCUUACUUUGCAAACUCUUGAGUAUACCAAAACAGGAAUCACAAAAACAAGUACACAAAAACAAAUACAACACUCUGAACAGAAAUAUUCAACUCGUCUCUCAUCAGGGAAAAAAAACCCUGUUAGCUAUCAAGAAAUGUUAGGAGCUGUGAAUUACAGCUCAGAUGAUGAAAAAGAUCAAGGAGAAAGGGAAGUGGAUGAAGAAAUUUACACUCCACAGCAAUCAGAGUAUAAUGUCGUGACCCGUGAGGCUGAUAUAGUAGAAUCUGAAAUCAAAACUGGAGCCAAACGAAGAAAAAUGGGACCAAGGUGCAAAGUUGGUGGUAAACGAGAAAACCCUGAGACGGCUAAUAAAGAGGAAUCAGGCAAGUCCAAACCUACAGUGGUUUGUAGCAAUGAUAAAUUUGAGUGCAGUAUAUGUGGACGUAUAUUUGACAAUAAAGCUCUGCGGGACAUGCACGAAGACGCUGAGCGCGCUGAGCACUUCUUCAAGUGUCCGUUAUGUGAUGGGUUCUUUGGAAGUGAAGAAUCGAAACUAAUUCACAUGCAAGACAGACAUGGAAUAGCUACUAAAGAAUUUGCUGAAGAAAGGGCAAACAGAAAGCUCAGUUCUUCAAAGAAUAAGUCAGUGGUAAAGAAGAAAGAGGCUUUGCUGACAAAGAUGGCCGUUUCAUCUCAGGACGAUUAUAAAGAUUCUUCUGAGAAAGGAUCAACAGACGAUAGUCAGGAGUCACUUGCUGUUGAGAUUAAGCAAGAAAAAACAAGUGAAAAUGCAACUGAGUGUGAUAUGUGUGAUAUGAAGUUUUAUGAGACGGAAGAGCUCAAAGAACACAUUCAAACAUUUCAUGGGGCUGUUCAAUAAUGAUUGAUAAUCAUGCACUCCUUUGAUUGAUAUUAUUGUCAUUUUUCAUGUUGAAUUUAUGUGUGGGUAGUCAGAUGUAUCAAAUUAUAAUAUACCUUCAUAUUCAUUAUUCAAUAGUUUGAUAUAAUUUAGAAAAAAUUGUAUGAAAAAUAUGUCUCCUAUCUCCAAUUUAUAAUCAGAAGGGACCAUCAGAAUGUUAAUCAUGUGUUGAUAAUUUUAAAAUCGAUGUUAAUUUCUAGGACAGUUUUGUGGGGGUCAUGAACAUAAUACAUACAUUGUAUUAAAUUUUGUCCUUGUUGGUACAAAUAUCAUUUAAUGAUCCCAAUGUGGAAAUCAACAGGAACGAAUCUCCAGCAUCUCUUUAGAAUAAACCAUAUCAUACUCAUAUUUGAUAUUCAUAUAGAGUUCCCUUAAGACUUUCCUUUUUUUAAGAUAUUAGAAGUCAGUCUGAAUAUUUCUCUAACAUUCCAUUGAAUAUGUACCCAAAAGUGUGAUCAAUUUUUAAUACAUUUUACAUAUUGUAUAACAUGUACAUGUAUUUGUUUUCAAUAUUUGAUGUGGUAUUUUAUUUAUAAUUUUUUGGGGGCACCUGUACUAGUAUUUUUACAAAAGUACCUAAGUAUAUUUUAUGACUUGCAUGGAACUGUUUGAGGCAUGUAUCAUUGAGUCAUAUGAUAAUUAAUGAUGUUUAUAAAUAAUUUGUAUCAUUUGUAAUUUUAACAUUGUACUUCAAUGAAUCCACAUUGGAGAAGAGAGAAAAAAACCUUGUCAAGAUAUCAUUAAAAAAAUGAUAUUAUUUCUGACUAUGUGAUUGCUUACCAAGGUCAGAAAGAUUUGCUACUAUCAAGAUUAAUUAUAGAUUUAAAAGACUUAAAAUAAAUGUAGUUCUAAAUCCACAUGUUUGUUAAAAACGUUGACUUACAGUUGUAUGCAUAGGUCAUUUAAUUGUGAAGAAAUUACAGUAGAUGAAUGUUUCAUGUAUUUUUUUGUAGCAUUUUUUUUUUUUGAUAAGUUAAUUCUUUUGUAAAUGUAUUGGUACAGACUUGUAAAGUAUCAUUACAGACAAAUAUAUGUAUGUAAAUGAUAGAAAACAAAUAUAUAUCAUACGGAAAUAUUAUAUAUCAUCCAUGUUGGAUAAUUUUUUUCAAAAUUUAUUAUAUAAUGAAUAAAUUUUGUAGGCAAAUGUUUAUAAUUUUUUUAAUGCAAUGGUAAUUAUCUUGAAAAGAAUUCAUCCAAAAACUAAAUUAAUAUUCAAAAUUAAAGUAUAGAUAUGCAAUGCA